AUGCCAGGCGAACGAAGGAUGGGGGAAGUCAGAAACUGGGGCGCUCUGAUGCUUUUCAGUCAAGCCCUUCUAAAUUAUUGUGCUGCAUACAACAUUGGUCUCCUGGAAGCAAAAAUAUUCGAUGGUCCUUCAACUGAGCAAUUUGGAUAUGCAGUACAACAGUUUGCAAAUACCAAUGGCAACUGGUUGCUUGUUGGCUCACCAUGGAGUGGUUUUCCAGAAAACAGAAUGGGAGAUAUCUACAAAUGUCCUGUCAACUUACCCAGCACCAUGUGUGAAAAAUUGAAUUUACAAACUGUAACGAGCAUUCCAAAUGUUACUGAGAUAAAAACAAAUAUGAGCCUUGGCUUGACACUUACACGGAACUUGGGAACUGGAGGGUUUCUGACAUGCGGACCCCUGUGGGCCCAGCAGUGUGGAAAUCAAUAUUAUGCGACUGGCAUCUGUUCUGACGUUAGUCCCAGUUUCCAGCUCCUCAACAGCUUUUCACCUGCAGUUCAGACCUGCCCAUCAUUCAUUGAUGUUGUGGUUGUAUGCGACGAAUCAAACAGCAUUUAUCCCUGGAGUGCAGUGAAGAAUUUUUUGGUCAAAUUUGUGCAAGGUCUGGAUAUAGGUCCUGACAAGACUCAGGUGGGGUUAAUUCAGUAUGGAAAUUAUCCGCGAGUUGUAUUCAACAUGAGUACUUUUAAAACAAAAGAAGAAAUGGUUAAAGCAACAUCCCAAACAACCCAACAUGGUGGAGAUCUCACUAAUACUUUCAAAGCAAUUCAAUAUGCCAGAGAAUUUGCUUACUCUGAAGCCUCCGGUGGACGACCUAGCGCUACCAAAGUUAUGGUGGUUGUGACAGAUGGUGAAUCUCAUGAUGGCUCGAUGUUGAAAAAAGUUAUUGGUCAAUGCAAUGAUGACAACAUACUUAGAUUUGGCAUAGCAGUGCUUGGAUACUUAAAUAGGAAUGCACUUGACACAAAAAAUUUAAUAAAAGAAAUCAAAGGAAUUGCUAGUACUCCAACAGAGAAGUAUUUUUUUAAUGUUUCUAAUGAAGAUGCACUCUUGGAAAAGGCUGGGACAUUGGGAGAGCGUAUUUUCAGCAUUGAAGGUACCGUUCAAGGAGGUGAUAACUUUCAGAUGGAAAUGUCACAAGUGGGGUUCAGUGCAGAUUACUCACCUCAAGAUGGUGUUCUGGCACUGGGUGCAGUUGGGGCAUAUGCCUGGAGCGGAACAGUUGUCCAGCAGACACCCCAUGGAUAUUCCAUCUUCCCUAGACAAGCCUUUGAAACAGUUCUGCAAGAUAGAAAUCACAGUUCAUAUUUAGGAUACUCCGUUGCAGUUAUUUCUACCGGUAACAGUGUCCAUUUUGUUGCGGGUGCUCCCCGGGCAGGUUAUACUGGCCAAGUAGUAAUGUAUAGUGUUAAUGCUGAUGGUAAUGCCACAAUCAUUCAGUCUCACAGAGGUGACCAGAUUGGCUCCUACUUUGGCAGUGUGGUGUGUUCCGUUGACGUAAAUAGAGAUACCAUUACAGAUGUGCUUUUGGUGGGGGCACCAAUGUUCAUGAAUGACCUUAAGAAAGAGGAAGGAAAGGUCUACCUGUUCACUAUCACAAAGGGAAUGUUGAAUCAGCAUCGAUUCCUUGAAGGCCCUCUAGGUUUGGAAAAUGCCCGGUUUGGCUCAGCGAUUGCUGCUCUAUCCGACAUUAAUUUGGAUGGUUUUAAUGAUGUUAUAGUGGGCUCACCCCUUGAAAAUGAGAACUCUGGAGCUGUUUACAUUUACAAUGGACAUCAGGAGACUAUACGAACAAAAUAUUCUCAGAAAAUCUUAGGGUCAGAUCCUGCCUUUAGGAAUCAGCUCCAGUAUUUUGGAAGAGCAUUAGAUGGCUAUCAAGAUCUGAAUGGAGAUUCAAUCACUGACAUAUCCAUUGGUGCCUUUGGAAAAGUAGUUCAACUCUGGUCACAGAGUAUUGCUGAUGUGUCCGUAGAAGCUUCAUUUACCCCUGAUAAGAUCAAUUUGUUAAACAAGAAUGCUGAAAUAACCUUCAGAUUGUGCUUCAGUGCAAAAUUCAGACCUACCACACAAAAUAAUCAAGUGGAUAUUAUCUACAAUAUAACACUUGAUGCUGAUCGAUUUUCCUCCAGAAUAACCUCUAGGGGACUGUUUAAAGAAAACAAUGAAAGAUACAUUAAGAAAAACAUGGUGGUAUAUCAUGCACAGACUUGUUCAGAGCAUAUCAUCAAUAUACAGGAACCUUCUGAUGUUCUCAACUCCUUAAAUGUCCGGGUGGACAUCAGUUUGGCAAAGCCCGGUACGAGUCCUGCUCUCGAAGAGUAUUCUGAGACUUCAAAGGACUUCAGUAUACCUUUUUUAAAAGACUGUGGGGAUGACGGAGUCUGCAUCUCUGAUCUUGUCCUUGAAGUUCAACAGAAAACGGAUACUCAAAAACAGCCAUAUGUUGUCAGCAGCCAAAACAGAAGGUUAACAUUUGCAGUGAUGCUGAAAAACAAAGGGGAAAGUGCUUAUAACACCAGAAUUGUGGCUGCUUUUUCAGAAAACUUGUUUUUUGCCUCAUCCUCUGCAUCGGUUGAUGGGACUGAGGUUUCAUGUCAGUUGGAUACUUCCAAGAAGGUUCUCACCUGUCAUGUUGGCUAUCCUUCUGUCAAGAGGGACCAGCAGGUGUCUUUUAAUAUAAACUUCGACUUCAAUUUCCAAAAUCUUCAGAAUUUGGCAAGUGUCAGUUUUCAAGCUUUAAGUGAAAGUCAAGAAGAGAAGGAGGAGGACAAUACAGUCAACUUCAAAAUUCCCUUGCUGUAUGAUGCAGAAAUCCAUUUAACAAGGUCUACAAAUAUCAAUUUUUAUGAAGUCUUUUCUCAUGGGAAUGUUUCCUCCAUCGUGAAGACUUUUGAUGAAAUUGGUCCCAUGUUCAGUUUUUCCCUUAAGGUCACAACAGGAAACAGUCCAGCACCCAUGGCUUCUGUAACCAUCUCUAUUCCUCAGUACACCAAAGAAAAAAAUGCAUUGAUGUACUUGACAGGAGUGCACGUAGCCCAGGAUAGUGAUAUAAGCUGUACUGCAGAAAUAAAUCCACUAAAAAUAGGAGAAACACCUUACUCAGUGUCUUUUAAGAAAGAAAACUUCCGAGAUAUUAAAGAAUUGAACUGCAAAACUGCAUCAUGUAGUAAAGUCACCUGCCAACUGAGAGAACUCAAAAUGAAAGAAGAAUACUUUGUGAAUGUGUCUACCAGGAUCUGGAAUGGGACUUUCGCAGCAUCACCUUUCCAGACAAUUCAGCUGGUAGCAACUGCAGAAGUGGAUACGUUUGACCCACAAAUAUAUAUAAUUGAAGACAACACUGUUAUGAUUCCAGUUACAAUAAUGAAGCCCGAUGAAAAAGCUGAAAUACCAAUAGGAGUUAUUAUUGGAAGUAUAAUCGUUGGGCUUCUCUUGCUGUUAGCCCUAACUACUAUUUUGUGGAAGCUUGGUUUUUUCAAGAGGAAAUAUGAGAAAAUGGCCAAAAAUCCAGAUGAAAUUGAUGAGUCUGCAGACCUAAACAGCUGA